AUUUUGCUUGGUAGGUUGCUGUCACUCUGAGGGAGGCUGCUGGCUGCGAGCCACUACUUUCUGAGAGAAAGGAAACAAAAGCUUUCCUCGGCAGCAAGGAGAGCCACUGGCAAGCACAUCGCCGUUGGUCACCAGCCAGAACCAAGCUAGCAACAAGGGGAAGCAGUCCAGGAAGGGGCAGCCCGCGGCCGGCCGGCCAGAGGGCGCGCCGCAUGCGGCCACUGGGCGGCCAUCCGGUCGCUGUCCGACUCGUUCGCGCCGUGACAGCUUUGAGACGGCAUCGGCUGCAACUCGCCGAGCGCAGGAACAAGAGGCCCUAUCCAUGAGGCACCCAUGCUCGUGCUCAUCAACAAAUUCCUCAGGAGCAAGGACAGAGCAGGCAGCGACGGCAAGCAGCAGCACGAGAUGCCACCGGAGAGCGAGCACCUGUGCAUGCCCGGCUGUGUGCCGGUGCGCGCCAAGCGGGCCGCGGCGGCGACGACGACCGUUACCACGACGGCAAGGACGUCGCGGCACAACUUCGUCAAGGCCGCGGCGUCCGGUCUGCUCGCGGGAGCGCAAUUCACCAACCACGAGUCGCUUCCGGCGCUGCCGGAGGCCUACUCUGAGUUCGUGGCCGCGUUCCCGCAGUACGGCACGCUCUCUCGGGCUGAUGCCAUCAGGGAUGAGGAGUACCAGCACCUCGACCGGCACGUGUGCCUGGACUACACCGGCAUGAACCUCUUCUCGCACGCGCAGAUGAACUCGUCCCUGCCGUCCACGUCCGCGGCACCGCCGGCGUCGUCGGGCGCGUGGCAGCCGCCCUUCUUCGACAUCGCGUACAAGUCCACGAGCCUGCGGACGCAAGUGCAAUGCGGGGACGGCGCCAAGGGAGCUGCGGGCAUCGGCUCGGCUAUCAGGAAGCGGAUCAUGGCGUCGCUCAAGAUACUCGAGGACGAGUACAGCAUGGUGUGCACGGCGAACCGGACGACCGCGUUCCGGCUCCUGGCGGAGUCCUACUCGUUCCAGUCCGGAAAGCAGCUCCUCGCCGUGUACGACUACGAGAGCGAGGCGGUGGGGGCCAUGGCCGAGAGCGCGCGCCGCCGUGGCGCGGACGUGACGUCCGCGAGCUUCGCGUGGCCGAGCAUGAGGAUCCACGCCGCCGACCUCCGGAAGAAGCUGGCCAGGGGCCGGCGGCGCGGCGGCCGAGGGCUGUUCGUGUUCCCCCUCGCGUCCCGCAUGACGGGAGCGAGGUACCAGUACCUGUGGAUGCGCGCGGCGCACGAGCAGGGGUGGCACGUGGCGCUGGACGCGUGCGCGCUGGGCACCAAGGACCUCGACACGUUCGGGCUCUCGCUCAUCCGCCCCGACUUCAUCGUGUGCAACUUCUUCAAGGUGUUCGGCGAGAACCCCUCCGGCUUCGCGGGGCUCUUCGUCAAGAAGUCCAGCCUCGCCGCGCUUGAGCGCUCCGUGAUCGCGCGCAGCAUCGGCAUCGUUAGCAUCGUCCCCGCCCGCCGCUGGUCCCUCCGCGAAGGUUACUCCACCGAGCUGGAGCACUCGCUCAGUUUCCCCAAGCUCGCCGAGCCGGCCGCGGACGACGUCGACAUCGAAACCACUAGCUCCUUCUCCGGCCCGCUCAGCUCCACCGCCAUCACUCGCAGCAGGACUCUGCAGGCCGACGUGACAGACAACGGCGACGCACCGGAGAUCCGUGAGGUCGACACGGCAGAGAACGGCGGCGUGUACCCGGAUGAACCGAAAGAAUCAGCAGAAGAUGAUGACGAAACAGAGCAGCUGGCCAAGGAAGAAGGCAAGGGUAGCGAGAGCGUGAUGGAAGUGGAGUGCAGGGGCCUGGACCACGCGGACGCGCUGGGGCUCAUCGCCAUCGGCAACCGGCUGCGGUGCAUCAGCAACUGGCUGGUGGUGGCCAUGCAGAAGCUGCGGCACCCGCACGCGGAGAGUGGGCACCAGCUGGUGCACGUGUACGGGCCGCGCGUCAAGUUCGAUCGGGGGCCGUCGCUGGCGUUCAACGUGUUCGACUGGAAGGGCGAGCGGGUGGCGCCGCCGCUGGUGCAGAAGCUCGCCGACCGCCACAACAUCUCCCUCACCUGCGGCUUCCUGCGCAACAUCUGGUUCUCAGACAAGUACGAGGCUGAGAGGAAUGUCCUGGAGCACAGGAUCGCCGGCGACGCCGGUGCUUUGAGCGCUGGUGGCAAGAGUAGGAAGGAUGCCGGCGGCGACUUGGGGAUCUUGGUGGUGAACGCGUCGCUCGGAUUCCUGAGCAACUUUGAGGACGCGUACAGGCUGUGGGCAUUCGUGGCCAAGUUCUUGGACGCCGACUUCGUGGAGAAGGAGAGGUGGAGGUACACCGCGCUCAACCAGAGGACGGUCGAGGUGUAGUCGUGCAGACGAGUGCAGUGCAGAUUGCAGCCGCCAGCUUCAGCUUGACGGUGUGGCAUCGUUCAGUUCACUGUUCAGCAGGACUCUUUGGGGAUCAGCUCGGCCAUGUCGUGUGUGUCGCGCUAUUCCUUCCAGCUCCAUUCUUUCAGUGUAAACUGUGAAGUGUAGAGUCUGCUUCCCAGAUAAUAUCAUUUGGUAUACGAAACUAAAAAAUUGUUCAAGCACAGUUCAAAGGCAUUUCCACAGAACAAUCAAAUAACAAUGAUAUCAAGCUAGAGAAGACAAGGGUUCCUGUUCAGCUCAACACAAAAAUAAGCUGGGGGUAUGGGGUGAACAGCUAACAACUUCAGAUACAAUUAUUUGGAAGAUGUAUAGACUGAGCAUUCUAAAAUCUAAAGAUAAAUACACCAAAUUGAACAACAAUUAUUGUUAAAAAUGCAAUGACCUAACAGCAACUUUCUUAUUUUCUUGCCACUACUAGCCAUUUGCUAUGCCAUUGCUGAUCUUGAAU